ACGCGACCCGCCGCGAUGUUGCCGAGCCAGGCCGGGGCCGGGAACGGCGCCGCCGCCGCGCUGGCCCGCGGCGCGGGCCUGGGCCGCUCGCCGGUGCCGCGCGGGGCAAACGGCGGCGGCGGGGCGGCGGCGGGGCCGCCCGGGGCCCGGCUGGAGCGGGAGGCGCUGUACAGCGGCAGCGAGGGCGACUCGGAGUCGGCGGAGGAGGAGGAGCUGGGCGGAGAGCGGCGCGGCCUCAAGCGCGGCCUGGCCGAGGCGGCGGCGGCGGCUGCGGCGGCGGCGGUGGCGGUGCCCGCGGCGGGAGGAGCGGCGGCGGCCACGGCGGCGUUCGGGAGCGGCGGAGCGGGCGGCGGGGCGGUGAGCGGCGCCAAGCCCGGCAAGAAGACGCGGGGCCGGGUGAAGAUCAAGAUGGAGUUCAUCGACAACAAGCUGCGGCGCUACACCACCUUCAGCAAGAGGAAGACCGGCAUCAUGAAGAAGGCCUACGAGCUGUCGACGCUGACGGGCACCCAGGUGCUGCUGCUGGUGGCCAGCGAGACGGGCCAUGUGUACACCUUCGCCACCCGCAAGCUGCAGCCCAUGAUCACCAGCGAGACGGGCAAGGCGCUCAUCCAGACGUGCCUCAACUCCCCCGACUCGCCGCCGCGGUCCGAUCCCACCACCGACCAGCGCAUGAGCGCCACGGGCUUCGAGGAGACCGACCUCACCUACCAGGUGUCCGAGUCGGACAGCAGCGGGGAGACCAAGGACGUGCUGAAACCGACCUUCACUGUCACCAACCUGCCAGGGACAACGUCCACCAUCCAGACGGCACCUACCACCUCGUCCUCCAUGCAGGUCAGCAGCGGCCCCUCGUUCCCCAUCACGAAUUACCUGGCGCCAGUGUCUGCCAGCAUCAGCCCCAGUGCCGUCACCAGUGCCAACGGGACAGUGCUGAAGACUACUGGAGCCAGUGCAGUGACAUCCGGGGGCCUCAUGCAGAUACCCACCGGCUUCACCCUCAUGUCAGGUGCUUCCCUGUCUCUGGGGACCCCUGCCAUUCCUCUCCCUCAUUUACAGCCGCACUUGCUGGCUCUUUCCAGCCAGCAGGGCCAGGCGGUCGCGGGUACAGCUGGACAGCUACAUCAGGCACAGCACACGGUCUUCCGCUUCCCUGCCAGAGCUGGAGGGCAGAUCGUGUCGCUGACAGGUGGCACCAUGGCUCAGCAAGUUCCUGUCCAGGCGAUCCAGGUGCACCAGGCACCGCAGCAAACGUCUCCCUCCAGUGACAGCAGCACUGACCUUACUCAGACCUCUCCCAGUGGAACAGUGACCCUCCCAGCGACCAUCAUGACGUCGUCUGUGCCAACCACCGUGGGUGGCCACAUGAUGUACCCCAGCCCGCACGCGGUGAUGUACGCGCCCACCUCUGGCCUUGCGGAUGGUGGACUUGCAGUCCUCAAUGCUUUCUCGCAGGCACCCUCAGCAAUGCAGGUGUCCCACAGCCAGGUCCAGGAUCAGAGUGGCGUCCCCCAGGUAUUCUUGACAGCCCCAUCAGGCACCGUUCAGAUCCCAGUCUCAGCUGUCCAGCUUCACCAGAUGGCUGUCAUUGGGCAGCAGAGCAGCAGCGGCAGCAGCCUGACGGAGCUGCAGGUGGUCAACUUGGACACCUCGCACAACGCCAAGAGUGACUGAGAGGCCUCUGCUGCUGGCCUUGUGCCGUCCCUGGCUUGUCGUGCUGGGGCUGGCAGCAACUCUCGUACAGACUGCACCAGUUAUUUAUUGUUGCCUUUUCACGUUUCCUUCAUCCACACAUGCACACACACACGCACCCACCCACACACACAGCAUGCAAGGGGCUGCAGGACCCGCCUGGGGAGAAGCUGCGCUGAGGCCGUGCAGGGCUGGGGGCCGUUGGGAUGCUCGUCUCUCGCCAGCCAAAGAAGCUUGUCUCUUGAGGGGAGGGUGUGCUCCGUGCUGUACAUAAAUCCUGGGGGCCUUCCCCAGCUGGAGGCCCUUAGGGGUGCUCACCCUGUCUGUGGGUGUUUGUGUGGGGCUGGGGCCUGGAGCUGUCCUGCAGAGCUGCACAGGCCUCAGCAAUGUGCCUUUGUGGGGGGGAUGGGUCCCGGCUGCGGCAGCUCUCCCUGGCCUCUGCAGGGAGCAAGCGGCCUACUUGGACGUGCAUCUCUGGUUGGGUCUGGUGUAUGGCCCCAGCCUCCUCACGUGCACUACAGCAAGGCCUCCGCCCUCAGUGCCUCCUUGCUGGGCUGCCUGGUGGGUUGGCAGCUGCAGCACACAGCGGGUGCCCAGCAGUUCAGCAAGGCCCUAGGGGAGAGGGGGGGCUUUGCUGCCAGCUCAGUCCAGUGCUCCCAUCUCGGCCCUCGUGCUGCUUGUGGACUCCAUAUGCCCAAGGAGGGACGUGACUGGAUCUUUUCCGCAUCCCUCUGCUGCAGCUCCAGCCACCGCUUUCUAAAUUUUCUGAUGCAAGGUGGAGAAGCAACUCCAGUGCCAAAGGGAAGAGUCCGUGGGGCACUGAGCUGCUGGUGGGCAGCAUGCUCCUCCUGGGAGCACCGGGGCUGGAGGAGCCUCAGCAGGGCCACGGGAGAAGGACUGGAGUGUGCUUGGUCCUGCAUGGGAGCUGCUCCCUGGCCCUGCAGGGAGAGCGAGCAAGGAGCUGCUGCAUCCUUAGGGAGAGGAGCAGCUACUGUAACUUCUUUUUUUAAGUUAAAGACAAAAGAAGCCUUGGGGGGGAAAAAAGAGGAAAAAAAAAAAAAAGAAAAAAAAAAAAAAAAAGAAAAUGACUUUAUUUUUCUAAGUGUUAAACUCAGUAUUUAUGUAAUACUUUAAGGAAUAAAAGUUUGGCUCCUGUACAGUUUUCAUGGGGUUUGUACCGGGGGGAUGGGAGAGGGGUGGGUGGGUGUGGAGGCAGGAAGGGGCCUUGCUUUUGAGUUUGUAUUGUAACCUUGGACAUGUUCCCUCCGCAUUAGCGUUUAACUGUGCUGUGCUGGGCUGUCCCCAGCCCUCCCUGGGGGAUGAGGGGCUGGCAGCAGCCGAUCUCCGCUCUCCCUGCCCGUAGUGCAGGCGGCACCUCCUGAACUCCCAUCUGAGGGUCUGGGCUGGAGUUUCCCUCUCCGCAGCCUCAGCUUGUGCUGUUUUUUAGUGCACAGAUGUGGAUGAGUUCCUUCCAUGACCUGUGCGGAGAGCUUGGGGUGUGCGUUAACCUUGACCCAAGGCCGUCAUCGGGCCGUGCUUUGCUCUGCUUUGCUCGUGCUGGCCCUGCGGGGCUGUGAUGGCAGUGCUGCUGCUGGGCAUCUCCUCCCUGCCUCCCCAAAGGCAACUGCUGGUUAAACGCUAAUGGUGUCUUUUAUUUAAGUGCAGACUUGUAAGAACACUCGUGUAUCAGGGACGAAAUGGCAUUUAUUGUGUGGUGACAUUUUUAAUUCAUUUUACUGGUUUGAGGGUUGUGUGUGUGCGUGCGUGCAUGUGUGCGGGUGUGUGUGUGUGCAUAGGUGUGUGUGGGAUUUUUUUUUUCCCCUCCAGUUUCCAGGGUUGUGUUUCUGGAAGGAUGUGGAAGUAAUCACAGUACUAUGUACAGAGCUUUCUUUUGUAUGGAAAAAAAAAAAAAAAUUACUCUUUCAAUAAAUGUUAUCAUUUUGUGCACAGA